AUGGUGCUGGGCGCUUUCUCAAGUUCCUAUGACAAUGGAGUCACCACGACAGUUACACAGCCCAAGAUGGCCAGGACGACUGUCGUGCGCAAGAAGUUCGCCAAACCGCCCGUCAAGGUAGCCUGUCUGUCCUGCAAGCGCGGUGGUCCGAGAAAGAAAAGGCCGUCCAUUCCUACAGAUGUACUCGUUCAACAGGAUGACAUAUCGGACUCGAAUAUUCCACCUCCUUCGACCGGCUUUGACGAUUCCCCGGGGAUGUUUGGUCAAAUCGAUGUGCUUUCCAUACCGGGGGCAGGCCUGAGAAGUCUGGAUUUCACUUCCGAUGUCCACAACAUGUUUGCCGAUCUGUUUGUCCCGAACGAUGCGCCCAGUUCUCAUGCUCAAAUGGAGCCGACCCCUUCGCCAUCUAGUGUCUCAUCGCCAUCCUUGGUCAGGGCUUACGGCAAUGAGCACGAUAUACUCAAUGCCUACUAUUUCUUCAUCCAUCCCUAUUUUCCUAUUCUUUCCCCAAGAGUGUUGUCUCCGUCCCCCGACAGCCCAAUGGAAGGGGCCGGUUCAUAUACUGACUCCCCGUCCGAAGAACCUGCCUUGAUAUACAAGCCACGCUCUCCUCUCAGUCUCGCACUGUCCGCCAUACUGGCUCUGGUCCCGCAUCCAAGCGACAUGGAGCCGUCGUCUCCAAUUUCCGUCGUCCGUCGCAGGGCCUACGCCCAUACCUUCGCACAUUUGGCCAAUGCUAGCAUCGAGGCGGAUUGUGAGCUUCAGGCGUCUUCCACAGAUCCCUCUCAAGCCCUGUCCGGAGAUCGACCGACAAUUGACCGUGAGCCUUUCCACCCUCGGACGCCAGUGGAACUUGAAAGUAUCCUUGCUCUCUUGGUUCUUUCCAUCUACGAAUAUACCCAGCGGGGCAAUCUUCUCAAAAUGCGGUACCGUGCCGGUCAAGCAUUGGCAAUCGCGUUGGAUAUGUCUCUUCACGCCUUGGGAGAGGAGCAUGACGAAUGUGCGGAAGCGCGGAGGAGAGCGUGGUGGAUGACGGUAUGGACGAUCGCAGUCAAUUUCAUAGACUCAGCAGCUAACCUUGAGGCUUUGCAGUAUUAUUGUGUUUUGCAAGGAUCCAUUGUCAGCACAAUGCCGCUUUCAAUCGUCGCCAAUGACCCGCAAUUCGUAACACCUUAUCCGCGAUUCUCUGCAGAUCCAGAUGUGCGUCUCCCUACUGUCGUCCGAUGUGGAACUCAAAUUCAGAGCGAUAAUAUUCUAACUAUUCCCCAGGGAUGGUCCGUUCUGAUGCAAGCUCAACAAGUACUUGUCUCGGCGACUCAGUAUAUCAUCGAUUUGAACAAAUGCAUUGCAACGAGAACCAACAUGCAUUACAUUUAUGAACGCAUGCGACAGCUUGAUGUUUGGGCUAGUUCUGCGCUGGCGCAGUCCAACUUACUCCCCAUCGUUCCUCAAUCUGUAAACCGCGGCGGUGAUAUUGAGUACUCCAUAGCUCAAAGUAUUCGUGCAAUUUCGCGCAUUAAGAUAUCCAGCGCACAAAUCAAAAUUCAUCGCUUUAGGGCGUUCUCCGACAUUCCCAUAUUCAUCAAGAAACAUUGCGAUCUUACCGCAGCCAACGCCGGCAACGCGGCCCCAGGAAACAAAACCAAGCAGAACAAGGCCGCCAGCGGGAUCAACACCAUCGGGUGCUCAUGUGGGGGAUUGGAACCACUUCAGCAGCCGCCAAGCGAGCUUACACCCUCAUCAAUCUCCUCGGCGUCGUCGGAUUACAACUCGAUGUCGCAGUACUCGUUCACGAACGGGUUCCCGUACAGCACUCAACACUCGGCCAAGACAUGCCUUCGGGCAGCCCUGCUGAUCUCGCACAUGUUCCAGAGCUUACCGCUGCCACACCCGCUGAGCGAAGGGGGCAAAGGCAUGCAAUUAAUGCCACAAAGCGAACUACCGCGAACCAUGCCAUCGUUUGCUUGCUGCUUGAUGCAGGGAAGCUAUGCCAUGUUAAUGAUCUUCUACAAAGCACGAGUCGAAAAGCAAAUGUCGCCGGACUAUGAGAACAAAUCCCCGGACAAUCCUUCUGAUCGACUCAUCGAAGAGAUCCGCCAAGGUCUGGAACGUAUCAUUGCGACUGUCUCCAAUUAUGCGAUUGCAUUCGAGGCGUUGGACGGCAUGAGAGAUGAAAUCGAAGGUGCAUAUCACACGGCGUUUCCAGAAGCGUAG